UCUUCCUUCCUCGUACAACCCCCUAUGGCUGAGUUCCACGGAGGCCUUCCAGUGUGGGUAUGCUUAAUUCCUUCAUUAUCACCAUUUGUGCGUUCAUUUCCAAGCUUCUCCAUGCUGUGUGGAGAACAUUAGUGUCUCAGCCGGCUAGUUUGGCAGAGCGAGGCUCUCCUCUUGUGGGGUUCAUGGAGGAGUUGAGCCCCAGACAACUGGCUGUCAAGCAGCUAAAGCAAAGGUUCCUGCAGGCCCUGCAGGCCAACAAUGCCCAGGAGGUCCUGCAGAUUCUGCACACCAGCAAACUAGACAUUGACACGGUGCUGGAGGUGGAGGACCCCAGCAUGAUCCUGGCCUCAUACAAACAAGGUUAUUGGCUACCAGGCUACAAACUGGAGAACUCCUGGGCGAUGGGUAUUCAUGUGUGUGUGAUGUACAACGCCGUAGAAACAGCACUGGUGCUCCUUCAGAAAGGUGCAGCCGUCAACCGGAUGCCCAAUGGGAAGACCCCGCUGCACGUGGCCUGUGAGGUCUCCAAUGGCGACUGUGUGGCCUUGCUUUUGGCUCACGGAGCAAAGGUCAACAGCCUGUCGCUGAGCGGGCACACACCACUGCACUACUGCAUCACCAGGGAGUCCACGGAUUGUGCCAAGCAGCUCAUCUUGAAAGGUGCAAAAGUCAACAUACCCAGCCACAACAAUGACGAGGACACACCCUUACACACAGCAGCCAGAUUUGGCGUUCCAGAGCUAACGGCUCUAUAUUUGGCUCACGGUGCGCCUGUGGAUGCAGUCAACUCUCUUAAGGAGACACCUCUGAUGACUGCAGCCUUCUGGGCUUUUGACCCUAAAGAGCAAAUCUACAGUGAGGAUCAUCACUUCGUCUGCCGUCUCCUGCUGGACCACCAAGCAGAUCCAAACCUCCAAGAAGAAGACAAUAAAACAGCUCUUCACAAAGCAGCCUGGAAUUGUGAUCAUGUCCUAAUGCAGAUGCUUUUGGAGGCCGGAGCAGAUACGAGAGCCAUGGACAUCAAUGGCUGUGCCCCCAUUCAGUACCUUCUCAAAGUGACUGAUGUCAGGCCUAUGGCCAUACCUGAGCUCUGCUAUCAGCUGCUGCUCAACUAUAAUGCAGCGCGGAUCUACCCACCACAGUUCCACAAGGUGCUGCAGUCUUGCCAUGACUACCCCAGAGUGAUAGAGAUCAUGGUCAACUCUUAUGAACAUUUAAAGCCCACAAAGAAGUGGAGAGCUGCCAUUCCCGAUGAUUGCUACAAGAGACACAAAGACUUCUAUGACUCUGUGUUUGCCGUUUGCACCAACACUCCUCGCAGCCUCUGUCACUUGACCAGAUGUGCCAUCAGAGCCAGCCUGGGUGGCUUCUGCCACAGAGGUGUAGCACAUCUGCCUUUGCCAUCUCCCAUGAAGAAAUACUUACUACUGGAACCUGAGGGAAUACUGUUCUGACAGAGAAGCUUUAACGGUCUCUCUCUUGGAUGAGAAAGGAAUCCGGAUUCCACAUAUGCAAAUCCAGGUCUGGCAACAUGUUGAAAGCAUUUGAUGCCUUCUAUCACUGACAGUACAAGUUUACCCACUUCUUCCAGCAUGGACCCU